AUGGGGAAAUACGUAGAGAUGUUAGAUGCUGGCGUGAGAAUCGCGGCGAGGUUUCAUUCUCACUGUCCUCACACGGCUCGUCUCUAUUACCAUCCUCCUUCUGACAACCACCACCAUCACGGCGUCGCCGAUUUAAUCGGCGGUGGUGUAUUCGGAUCGGGUCAAGAUUCGACCGGUUUGGUUGGUGGUUUAGGAUCCGGAACCGGAACUGCUGCUAAUUGUGGUCUUAAGGCUUCUACACAAGGACAAGGUCAAGGGUAUGAAGACGCCAGGGAACAUUUAUUGUUCUCUGCUGUUUGA